AUGUCUCUGCGAUACGACGGCAAAGUGGCCAUUGUGACCGGCGCUGGAGGCGGUUUGGGCAGAACCUAUGCGUUGGAACUGGCCAAACGCGGCUGCAAAGUUGUCGGUGAGAAUUAUCAGUUUGUUUGGAAAAAAUAUCUUCGAUGCCUGUUUGAGACGAUAUUGGAGAUAGCGAUCAUAUAAUCGGCCAAAAAAUGGAAUUAACAAGGGUUUUUACAAGUUUCUAAAUGUUUUGAACUGGUUGUGAUAAAAAAAUGAUAUCUAUUUUCAAAAUCCAAAAAAACCUUGCUUUCUCAUUUUAUUUUUCAAUAAUUAGUCUUUUUCAAUCUGUUUUAAUCUCGUAAAUGAUCUGUAAUGAAAGUUAUAUUUUUUUCGAUGGUUACCUGAUCUUAUUUCAAACAUUUCCAAUGAUUUAUUCAUUAUUCAACGUUUCAAAAAAACUAACCCUCAGAUUUUUUUGAAAAAAAUAUUUUCGAAAAAUCGAAAGUAGAUUUUUUUGAUGUGUUCUAGAUGCAAGUUUUUGACAAAAAAAGUAAUCAAAGGGCACCGAUUUUUUUCUAGCUCAAAUUGAUGUUUUAAAAAAAAGGGGGGGCGAGAAUAUAUUUUUUUCUUAAAUCAAUGUUCUUACCAUCAUUUUCAUCAUUUUGAAAUACCCCUUUGAUUUUUUCAAAACUAGAAACAAAAACCUAAAAAUGUGCACUUGCUCAAGAAAAUUUGUCCGCAAGUCCUGUAUUCUAGCCUUAUCACUAUCAUGUCCGGCACCCGCCAGUAAACACGUCCUAUCAUGUGGAAAACAGAAAGAAACCCGAGAAUUUUCUCGAAUCGUUUAAUAAAAUCAAUGAUUUGUAGUCAACGACCUUGGAGGAGAUCGACAUGGAACCUCUUCCUCGACUUCGAUGGCUGACAAAGUUGGGAAGAAAAUAUGAAAAAGAUCAAUUUUUUCAAUCAGGUCGUCCAAGAAAUCAAGUCGGCUGGAGGUCAAGCUGUCGCCAACUACGACAGCGUCGAAUUCGGUGACAAGAUCGUGAAGACUGCUAUUGAUAACUUUGGAAAAAUUGGUAUUUUCAAGAGUUUUAUUGAAAGAGAAAAGAAAAUUGCAGAUAUUGUCAUCAACAACGCCGGAAUUCUGCGAGAUGUUUCUUUUGUCAAGAUGACCGACCUUGAUUGGGGUUUGUGUUUAAAUCGAAAUUUAUUAAACAAGAGGAUAUUUCGAAAGUAAAGCGGAGUGUUUCAAAGUCUUGAAAAAAAAGUUUGAUGAAAAUGGAAAAAAAAAACCCAAAAAACCCAUUUUUGUACAGAUAUUAAAGAUGUGUUCGAAAGAAACAGACAUAUGGCUUUAGACCACUUUGAAAAAAAAUGCAAUAUUGUAGAUGAACUCAAAUUUUCAGACCUGAUCUUCAAAGUCCACGUGAAGGGAGCUUACUCCGUCACAAAGGCCGCUUGGCCUUACAUGAGGGACCAGAAAUACGGACGCGUCGUGGUCACCGCUUCCAAUGCUGCCAUUUACGGCAACUUUGGCCAGGCCAACUAUUCCGCCGGUAAAAAAUUUCCCUUGAUUUUCGUUUUCAUGGGAAUAGUCCUUUUUGGUCGAGUAGUUGCUUUUUUAAAUAUGAAAUCUGGAAUAGGAUAUUUAAAUGAGUGUUUCAGCCAAAUCCGCUCUGAUCGGUUUCGCCAACAGUUUGGCCCAAGAAGGAGCCAAAUACAACAUCGUCGCUAACACUUUGGUGCCGACAGCUGGCUCUCGAUUGACUCAAACUGUCAUGCCAGAGGUAUAUCUAGUAGUAUUUUUUGAAAGUUCCACGGUUUCAAUAAUGUACGGAGAACAGCCUAAUUUCCGGUACCUUUUAUAAAUUUUUCUCAGCUUUUUCGAAAACCCGUUUAAUUGAACCGAAUAUUUUUAUAAGGAUCAUCAGAGGUUCUCCUAUUUCUUUUCAUACUCCAGGACCUUGUCGAAGCCCUGAAGCCAGAAUAUGUCACUCCCUUGGUGAUGCUCCUGACUCACGAUUCUUUCACUGAAACUGGCAAAGUUUUCGAAGCCGGAGCUGGCUGGUACGGCACUCGUAAGUUAUUCAGUUUGUAGCUUUCAGAAAUACUCUUAUUUCAGUGCAGUACUACAAAUCCAAGGGAAAGGUUGUUCCCAACGCGACCGUUGAAGAUUGUGAGUAAACAUAUUUGGGCUGAACAUGUUGAAUGACUUAUUUUUCAGUGCAAAAGAACUGGAGCACCAUCACUGACAUGAGCGGCGCUAAGGCGACCGCAAACAUGCGUGACGCUACUGCGGAUAUCAUGGAAGCUUUGGAGCAAGUUCAGGUGAUUUUUUUGAUCUAAAGCUGUUCUUGCUCCAACUUCACCAUACAUAAUAAAUUUAUAAGCAAUCAAGAGAACUUUUCUGAAAAAAAGUGAUAAGGUAGUUCAGAAAAAUUCUGUUUGAUUGAGACUUAAGAUAGACCUCAAAAAUCACUUUAAAUCGAUUUUCAGCAGCAAAAGACCAGCGGAGGUGGCAGCAGCUCCACUACUGGCGGUUCCGGCGGAGACUUCCCCAGCAGCAUCAAAUCCAGCGCCCUUUUCAAGGAAAUGAACGAUGGUGUUCAGGUAAUUUACAAUAAAGAGUUUUUGAAGUCAAUUUUGAGAAUUUAGGAAGAUCCCACUGCCGUGAAAGCCGUUAAAGCUAUCAUUCUCUACAGCAUCACUGACGGAAAGAGCGAGAUUGGCAAAUUCAGUGAGUUUUUUCUGAUUUUUUUAUGGGUUGCGGUGACGCUGCAGACGGAAGUGUUCUUUAAAUUUCAUGAGUUAUUCUAUAGGCGCCCGACUUAAAAUGAGUUCUACUCGACGAGUAAUUCAGGCGACGCUUUGAGCCGAAAUUUUCAAUCUAAUCUCUUGAAUUUUGAAAAAUAUAAAACUUUUACCAUAAGUAACAUAGAAUGCCAUCUUAUUUUACAGUCCCCAAAAAUUUCUCUAAUUACUUUUUGACACCACAAAAAUCAAAGUGCUGAUGAAAACGUUAAGAGUUAAAAUGAACAUUUUUCAGCCCUCGACUUCAAGAACGAGAAGCCGAGAGUCUACUUUGGAGAUGUGGCUGAUGGAGAAAAGCCAAACGCCACCGUUACCGUGUCGGAUGAUGACUUCCUUGACAUUGCCAGUGGGAAACUGAACGCUCAGAAGGUGACUUUUUCUCAAGAAAAUGUAUGAAUGAAUCCUCCAGGCUUUCAUGGGAGGCAAACUGAAGGUGAAAGGCAACGUGAUGCUGCUCCAGAAGCUUCAAGGAAUCUUGGACAAGAAACGCAAGGCCAAGUUGUAG